GUGAAAGGAGAGGGGCACGCGCGGGGUCACACUUUUGUAAACAACAUGGCGAUUCCCGACUGGCCCCGCUAGCCAACUGAGUAGACCAAACUGCGCUGGCAAACUUCAGCGCUUGUUGUGCCACGGACCGUAUUGUGUUACACCCGUAGGAAGUUGGGCGUGGGGCAGAUUUGGUGAGUCGGAACCGAGGGGACAAAGCGCUGGACCGAGCAGCUGUCCGGGAGACCGUCGGGCAGUCAAACGGCCACUUCAGUCUAUGGGCUCUCAGUCCAGUUCUGGGAUGUCAGGUGGAAGGGGCUCUUCCAGUGGCAACCCAGCUGAGCAGCCCGAAGCAUCAGAACCAAACCAGAGCAGCAGCAGCAGCAGCAGCAGCAGCAGCAGCAGUAACAGCAGCCGGGGCCGCAGGACGACUGACGGCCAGCAAGGAGACAGACAGCCAGCAUCAGAGGAGGACGUGGACUUAGCUGAAGUGCUGGCUUACCUACUGAGGAGGGGCCAGGUCCGGCUGGUCCAUGGGAGCGGAGCCACCGGGCUGCAGCUGGUCCAGUCGUACUCUGACUCCGACGAGGACAGCGACGGAGCCUGGGACGGCCGGCUGGGUGACCGCUACAAUCCGCCAGUGGACGCCCAACCCGACACACAUGAGGUGGACCAGAGCGAGAUCCGAACUCAGAUCCUGCUGGCCACCGGCUCCUUCAGCGCCAAAGGCCGCCACAGUUUCACCCACAUGCUCACAGAGAGGAGGCAGGGCAGAUGUAGAGGCGCCAGUUUUUCUCAUGGAGAGUGCAGUCGUAUCCGCACACAUUUUCUGCCAAACUAUGUAUCGCACAAGGAUACGUACCAGCAGAAAGCCUUCUGUGGAGUGUACAGCGAGGAUGGCAACAUGUUCCUCUCCGCCUGCCAAGACCAGAACAUCCGCCUGUACGACACAUCCAGGGGCCGCUUCCACUUGCGGAGAACGGUGAAGGCUCGCGACGUUGGCUGGAGCGUCCUGGACGUCUGCUUCACCCCUGACGCCCAAAAUGUGCUCUACUCCAGCUGGUCCGACUACAUUCAUUUGUGCAGCAUCGACGGAGACAGUGAAAACCACACCGCCUUGGACCUCAAUCCAGAUGAGAGGAGGUUCUGUGUGUUCUCACUGGCUGCGUCCACAGAUGGCAACGAGAUCCUGGGAGGAGCAAACGACGGCUGCCUUUAUGUCUUUGAUCUCGAGCAGAACAAGCGAACGCUGAAGAUCGAAGCCCACGAGGACGACGUGAACGCGGUGGCGUUUGCCGACAGCUCGUCCCAGCUGCUCUUCUCUGGCAGCGACGACGCGCUCUGCAAGGUGUGGGACAGACGGACGCUGCGCGAGGACAGACCGCAGCCUGUCGGACAGCUGGCCGGCCACCGAGACGGCAUCACCUUCAUCCACAGCAAGGGUGACGCGCGCUACCUGAUCAGUAACUCAAAGGACCAGUCCAUCAAGCUGUGGGACAUCAGGAAGUUCUCCCCCAAAGAGGGCCUGGCGGCUUCCCGGGUGGCUGUCACGCAGCAAAACUGGGAUUACCGCUGGCAGCAGGUUCCCCAGAGAGGUCCCGUGUCCCUUUUCAGCCCUGAAGAGACACAAGCUCACAGGCGACACCUCGGUGAUGACCUACCGCGGCCACGGCGUCCUGCACACCCUGGUCCGCAGCCGCUUCUCCCCCGAGUUCACCACGGGACAGAAGUUCAUCUACUCCGGCUGCUCCACCGGCAAAGUCAUCAUUUACGACGUCCUGACGGGCGCCGUGGUCUCCAGACUGUCGGGCCACGACGCGUGCGUGAGGGACGUCAGUUGGCACCCGUACGAGGACAACAUCGUCAGCAGCUCCUGGGACGGAGCGGUGCGAAUGUGGCAGCACCGACAGACCCACCCGCUGGAGGAGGAGAGAGAGCGGGACCGAGACUGACAGCCGGGGGGGGGUGGGGGGGCAGACCGCAGAAGAAGAGAGUCAAACGAAACUGUGACAUCACCACAGUGGAGGCGAGGCUACACGCUCACAAGGACGAAGAGACAAUUAACUAUUUUUUUAAUUCGAUGCUGGAUAUUAAUGAUUGUGGCGUGGUGGUGACGUGUUUAUUUGGAAGGCCUUAUAGCCUCGCGUUGUCGGCAGCGUUUUGGGGCACAAUGGGACAGCCUACUCCUGCUUGAUUUCUCUUUUUGGCCCAAAUGUUUUUGCAAAAUGCAUCGACGGAGCUUCUGAAUCUGGCCUGAAAACACUUUGCGAAGAUGUGCCGGAGCUGGGAGCGCUACGCACCGCACUUACUUACUUAAAUGAGCUAUUGAAACGGAAUGAGGAGUUGGUUGGAAGUCAAUGUAGGACAUUGCAGGGAGAAUGUGGCGCUGGUGAUUCUGAAUAAAUGUAUAGUAUUUUAAUGGCAUAUAGCGUUCAGGGAGUGGGUUUGGUUGUCACUGUGCUGAUUUGGAAUGACCAUAAGCUUCGUACUAUUUGAUGGGCCGCCACGUUCAAGGGCCGCGUUUAAUAAGGACGGAUUAUUUUAUAUUAACCCAGUAGGUUAAAUACCACGACUCCUUAACCUGGCCAGCAUGCCAGUGUCUGAGGUCCACGUCUCGUCCGCUGUGGCCAACAUGGCCAAUAAACCCAAACCCACUCAGCUUACUGAGUCUCUCCGUUUUACUGUCGAACUCAGUGAUUUUAUGUUAGAGCCCCUUUGGGUCACCUCAAGCCCGCGGAGUCGUUGUUGAUCCCGGGUCAGCACUCGGCUCCGUAAAGGCGAGUGCGUUUAACGAAAGAAUAAGAGCGAUCGGUUGGCCAAUACAAACCCGUGUCUCAUCGCACGCCGAGGCCUGGGGACGCGUCCGUGGGAUCAAGACUUACACACCGAUCUGUAAAUGCAACAUUCAGGUGUUUAUAUCAAAGCCCGGAUUUCACUCUGACCGUUGUUUUUUUUUUUUCAGUAACAAUAAAACCUUUGAAUGUACGGCCUCAACU